CACCGUUCCCCUCCACCGUUUCGUAUUUUCAUUUUGAGAAAGUUCUGCUUGCCGGUGAUAUUUCUAAUUAUUUCCCAAAAAAGCUCUAAAUUAGAGGAAUUAAAAAUAUUUUGCUACAUUUUUAAUAAAUGUUUAAACCUUGAGCAAUCACGUCAACCAUGGAUGUGGAUGAUAUUCAUUCGGAAAAUAACUCGACCGUAGAUAUCGGUAAAAAUGUUAGAAUAGAAGAAGAAGAAAUACUCGUUUAUGUAAACGUUGACGAUGCGAAUGACGAUUUUAUUGCCGAAGAUCUGCAGAGCUUUAAAGUUGUCGGACUCGAUACAGAUGAACCAAUAAUUCAAGUCGGAGAUAAGUUCUUUGGUGGAAGUUGGGAUGAAGUUGUCGGAACAGCAGUCUUUUUCAAGCCGACAACUCCGCAACCGAAACGGUGUUAUUUUUCUACCGAAGUUCCUAGACCAUUAGAGUACAUUGGCAAGACGCAGAAGAGUUUGAAGUUGAAACGCGCUUUUGUUACUUCAAAGAACGAGGAAAAGUCUGAAGUUCAAAAUAACGCUGACAAAGACAAUAAUUCGGAGAUAGUUAGUGACUCUACUCAUUCUGAAAUACCGAAUAAUACCGAUAAAGAAUGUAAUUCGGAGACAGUCAGUGACGUUAAGCUUGAAAUACAAGAAAGCUGUGAUGAAAUUAAUUCAAAUUCGAACGAAACCGAUCCUACUGACGACUCGGCUCAAGUCGCAACCGAGAACGCCGUAAAAAUAUUGGAAGAAUUAUUGACGAACGAGGGUAUGCGAUGAUGGAACGGAUCUCAAACCAAAUAGAUACCAACGAGUACAAAAUAAUACGAAUUUGCAAAAUACAAUACCCGAUGGUAAACUGAGCGAAGACCAAAUAUCUCUCGAUAAAUUAUCUGAACUAGGAGGGCAGUUGAUUACCGGAAAAAUCGUAUUAGCAGCGAGUACUAAACCGAGCCCGUUACUUCGGCCUGCCACAGCGAUAUAUACUACUUGACUA